AAUUUUUCAAUUUCCUGCGAAUUUAUUUUUAUUUUUCGUUUGUAAGAACCGAUCCGACCGAAAGAAUGAAGAAAAAAAAUAUAUUGAAAUCGGUUAAGUAAUUGAAUGUCAAUCAAAACAAAUCAAUAUGGUCUUGAUCAGUCAUUUGAACACCAUGAAAACAAUUCUUAUAAUAAUUUAUUUUCUUAUAUCAAAUGUUGCUACUGACGUCUAUUCAAAAAGACCAAACAAUACUAUUAAUGAAGAAAUAUAUUUCGAUAAUCCAUAUAGACCAUCUUUGGCCUACCCUACAUCCCUAGGAUUCCUUUUUAUAUUCUCAACUCUUCUUAUUGGUGCUGUUAUAAGAUGUCUGAUGCUAUGGACAAGCAUGUGCAUCCCGUACCGAGUUGUGAUGUUCUCUGUCGGAGGAAUUGCUGGAUUCUGCGCCCAUAGAUAUCCGUUCUUCAAACCAGUUGUUCAGAUAUGCUACGUAGACGUCGAUUUGCUUCUACUCAUAUAUUUGCCAAUAAUAGUUUUCUAUACAUCAUAUACAGUAGAUUCUCAUUCAUUUUGGAAAAGCUUCCCUCAAAUCUUAUUAGUUGGAGUGCCUGGUGCAUUAUUAACUGCAUUAAUGGUUGCGUUCAUGGCUUUUUACUUGGUUGAACAAACAUGGAAUUUCCCAACAGCUCUUUUAUUCGGAGUUAUAUGUUCCCCAAUAUAUCCGAUGGAAGUUGUGAAAAAAUUAAAAGAAAUGUCUAAAGGAAAGUAUAUUAUUGUUCUGCUUUUGGGAGAGGGAUUGAUUGGGGAUGCGACUGCGAUGAUAGAAUUCACUGCUGUCUACGGAUAUUUGGCGCUGGCAGUAACGAAAGCUUCACAGCUAUCGUUGCUACUUUUACGUUUUGCCGGAGGUGGUGCAUUAUUGGGGAUUGUUAUGGGAAAAACUAUGUCUACAUUUUUGUCAUUAACGUAUUACGAUUUUCUCUGUGCUGUGACUGUGACGUUGGCAGGGGCGUAUAUAACGUUUUAUAUUGGCGAGAAGUAUUUCUACGUAUCUGGAUUGUUGGGGACAGCGAUAGCAGGUGUGAUGGUUAGCCAACGCAAAUCGACUCUCGCUGCAGAGGUUGAACAAGUUGUUUCCUAUUUCUGGGGCGUCUUAGUACAUAUUGCGAACACUUUAAUCUUCACAAUCGUUGGCGUUGUUAUAUUUGAGAAAGUCAGCUACAUCAUCAGCGUUCGCCAAGUGGCAUUAAUUUUCGUCACAUAUACCACGGUGUACUUUUCUAGGUUAUUAGUGUACGCUAUUAUGACUCCUAUCUUAAGACAUAUUGGGUAUGGAAUGUCUUGGCAGCAUUCGAUAGCUUGUGUAUGGGGAGGGCUGCGGGGUCCACUGUCCCUUUGUUUGGCGUUGAUGGUACUGCAAACCCCAAUUGUAGGGGACGCAGGUGAAAUAUUCAUAAUUCAGACAGCAGGCUUGGUAAUUCUGUCUUUGCUGAUUAAUGCAACGACAAUGCACAAACUGUUAAAAGUUCUUGGAUUGGCUGAAAUAUCUUUGGCAAAGAAGGCAAAUAUGACCAACUGUGUCAAGAGGAUAAUGUCGACAAGAGAUCGCUGCAUUUCCAUGUUGAAAAUCGACAAAUUUCUGGCUGAUGCGAACUGGGAUCUUGUCCAAAGUGGUACAACAAUAAAACAUCCAUACCAAAUUCAAAUGUCUCGGGACGAUGAUAUCGAUGAUGAUACUUACAUGGGUUACCGCUAUACUACCUGUCCAGACUGUGAGAGAGAAAUACCAAAUGAGCCUACGAAAAAGGAGUUUGCAGAAAUGAUGCGGGAGGCGAAUCAGCGUGUCUUGAAAGCAAUGAAAAUAUCUUACUGGCGUCAAUAUGAGCAUGGUAAGAUUAGCAAGGAUGGAGUCAGGACUCUAGUGCAAGCAGUUGAAGUGGCUACUGAUGCAGAAGAUGGACGAAUCAACUUGGAUCAACUGGGAAAUUUAUGGAAACCAAAGGCGUAUGCAGUAUGGCUUCGUCGUAAGUUAGUAGACAUGAUGAUGCCAGACCCUGCAAAUGCCCAAAUACCACGAACACCAUGGCGUCAGUGUUGUUUCACCCUAGUUUCUAGUAUGUGGUUUGAUGGCUUUAUUUAUCUGAUGAUAUUGCUGAACACCCCGGUCAUUCUUUGUGAGGUGCUAAUGAAAGCACCUGUUGCACAAUCCGUUACCUUUACUGUCAAAUUGCUUAAUUUAUACUUCUUCAUUGUUUACUUCAUGGAAAUGGUUUUGAAAUUUUUUGGUCUCACAAUUCGUGGGUACUUCAGGUCGCACUGGAAUAAGUUAGACUUCUUUAUCAUUGUUAUGGCUACAUGUGAUAUAAUCCUAGACAUAAUAGAUACACUAACGCCGUGGGAUAAGUGGAACAAUUUAAACUCAAGCGUACUUACGGCCACAAAGUUAUUAAGAAUGCUGCGUUUCCUGAGAUUGUGCAAGUUAGCUAGAGUAUCGGUACCCAAAGUUAUGUCUUACAUUGAUCGAAUGAUUGAUUUACAAUUAGCUUUUGGUUAUGACGUUGGGAAAGGGUUUGUUACUGGUGAGCAGGAAGUAUGUAGUCUUCUCCCACAAUUAGUUGAUAAUAAGCAAAUACAAGAAACUCUUUUUAAUAAACUAGAAAUUGAUAGAUUAACGGUAACACGCCAGUUAGGAUUACUACAAAGAGAUCGCCCGUGGACGGCUAUUACAGUUAAAACGAGGCAAGCUACUACAUCGACUUUAAAUAUUAUGUUACUUGAUGCUAUGCAACUAAAGGAAGAAGGCUUCUUAGAUGAAAUGGAAUAUCAAUUGCUUCUUAAUGCUAUACAAGAAAAGGUGCAAAUGUGUCGUCACAAAGGAAGUUUGGUUGCUCCCGCUUCGCCAGAGACUCAGCUACGAGCAGUGUCUUGGUUGCAAGGAAAUGAACGUGUUGCUGAUUUUUUCAUUGAGAAUUCUGAAAUUCACAACUACAACAUCAAUGAUAUACUUAUAUCACGAGGUGACCACCCAAAAGGUCUAUACAUUUUAGUAUCAGGUCUUUGUGAAGCCACUUACAUCCCACCAGAAGAAGAUUUAGAUGAAGCUAUCCCUAAUUAUGAAUUCAGAACAGAUCUCAAGUUUGCGGAACCUAGCAAUGAUUAUAUCGUUUCUGGAAAUGCUAUUGGAGUUUUGGGAGUCCUUACAAAUCGCCCGUACAGUUACACAGUACGGUGUGAUUCUGCGGUACAGGCAUAUUUCAUAACGAUGCCUAUAGUCAAAGAAGGUUUCAAUCUUGCACCGCAUCCUAUUAUGGGGUUAGAAGCGUCAAUGUGGCGGGAAAUUGGUAUAAAGUUGUCGAUGAUGAUCCUUCCCAUGGUACCGGCGUACCACGGAUGGUCUAUCGAAAAAAUCAGCAUGCGAUUAGAACAUGGCUUCGUACCUUGCCUGAAGGCUUUUAAGAUAUUCGUGGUUAACGAGCUGAUGGAAGAUAUUGUGCUACUUGAUGGCGUGUGCCAAGACAUGGCCACAAGAGAGGUGUUCCAACCGCCAUGUUAUAUUCCACGAACCGCUCACCGUUUAAUAUUCCCCAAGUCUUCUCAACUGUCAGUAAGUAGCUCUUGCCCAGAGACAAAGCUGUUGAUCAUACCAGCCAAGGAUACAGAUGAGCUGGACAUCAUGGAGGACGAGAUAGAUGAUCUGCAAUGUGAACUGGUAUCAAACGUAUCCUCUCGAUGUUUGUACCAUAAAGUGAUCAGGAAGAUAUCGUCAGAUACAAGAGGUAAAAGCUCAAUCAGGUUAAGAAACAAGCGACGCCGGGGCGCCAAGCGAGUUAACUAUAGGGAGUCCGUUUGGGGAAAUAAAAUAUCAACGCCAAAUGUCCCUUCAGUGAACAACAGCACCCACAGUGAAAGGGAGCUAAAUUCUAAAUAUUAUAAACCAAGUUAUGUCGACAUGCCUGAGAAACUUGAACAGCCCAAGCGAAGAUCUUCAGAAUUGAGGCCUCAUCAGGCUCUGUCAUUGGUGGAUCCUACUCAGGGCUCUUCGAUGCCGCAACAAAUGUCUGAAGUUGAGCUUUACAACACGGUGCUUUCCAAGAACAAACGGAGGUCCACGGAGAAAAAUAAAUGAUUUUUUUAUAUAAAUAAAGGUAUUUUCAUACCAUUGUUAUUUAAUUUGUAAGUAUAACCUUCCAAUUUAUAACAUCAGAGGGCCUAGUGGCAGUUUGAUACUGUGACGAUCACGUUAACGUAAACGCGAAUUUCUAAAUCUAAGGAAUAGAAACAGUGCCAUCUAGUGGCACUACUGUACAACUGUUUCAAUUCCAUACAAAUUCGCGUUUACGUAAAUGCGAUAGUUACAGUAUGAAAACAUUGAAAACCCUCACUAGGCACUCUGUUUAGUGGUUAACAAUUUUGGCUACGUAUCAUCGUGGUCUUGGUCCUGGGUUUGAAUCUCGGGUUAUGAAAUUUUCUCGUUCUUAUAUUUGUUGAAUAAUGUCAACGCCCCACUAGAUAUCUAACUUUAGAAAUGAACAAUUUCAAAAAUUGCGCAAUCAACGGGAAUUGAACCCAGGUCUCUGAGUAAUGUUGCUUGAGCUUUCUAAAUAGCAGCCUGGAAUUGAGAAGUCCGCGUUGUAGCCAUGCCUCGUAAAGCACUUUAUACCUACCCCUCGUGUGUGUAUCACGCUUGAGAAGAUUGAUUUUGAAACACCUGUGUGUGGAUCAAGCUUCUAAAGAUUGAUUUCAUACUCAUAUCAUUUUGACCUUUUUUUUGUUGUUUUAACCUAUUCUUGUCACACUCUAACUUAUUUCACAUGUAGUAAAAAGAACAAGGAUGGCAUAUAAUCACUCAUAACCUGUACAAAACACGUCUGUGAUUAGUACUGACAGUUUUUAAAACCGCGCUCUAGGAGCGCGGUCUACAGACGAGGAUUUCAAAAUCAUAUUUUUUUUUAAUCUUUGUACAUUAGGAGUGUUUUAUUCUUUGGUAGAGUAAAAUAAUGUAUAGAAAAAGUAAAAAACCAAAGACAAUCUAGAAAUAAAGGUAAAAAUUUAAAUUAUAGCGCGUUUUGUGCGACAGUCGGGCAACUAUCGCGCGUUCGGAUUUCAAAAUUUUAUUGAAAAUUACUUGUUUUUACUGCAUUAUUACAUUUAUUAAUUAAAAUUAGCUUGUUUAAUAACAAUUCCAACAAAAAAAUAUAUUUAAAUAGCUCCUAUAGUACAUUUUAAUGUAAUCGGGCGUUUUAAACACGCGUGACCUUGGAACGCUCGACUUUUAAAGAUGGCUCCACAGUUGGUGCACUUAGAAAUCCGACGACACAGUGGAGAGGUUAUAGUAUGAUUGCGUU